GCCAGGUUGGAGCUCGUCUCAGCCUUCCAUUCCAGCGAUUGCUGCUGCUCCUCAAGGCUGACGACGACUCAACGCCUCCUCCUUCUUGGCGAUCUUGACCCCUCGAUCAACAUCGGCCUGCCUUGUCGAAGCUGUUGUGCAGCUCGCUCCUUCCCUAGAAAUAAAAGCGAUGCGAAACAUCUCCUUGGAUUGAUUGCCAAUCUCAACCUAUUCACGAGCUCCCCGACCCGAAAUUCCUCAUUGGCAGCCCCGGAGCUCCAUAGCUGCCCAACAUGGCGGCUAUCCGCAGCCUCGACCACACGAAAUCCGAGGCCGAGCUUGCCAUCAACAUCAAGAAAGCCACGAGCGCCGAAGAGACGGCCCCAAAACGCAAGCAUGUCCGAAGUUGUAUCGUAUACACUUGGGACCACAAGUCCUCCCAGCCCUUCUGGGCCGGUAUGAAAGUCCAACCUAUCCUGGCCGACGAGGUUCAGACUUUCAAGGCCCUAAUUACGAUCCACAAGGUCUUGCAGGAAGGCCACCCGGUUACUCUCAGAGAAGCAAUGGCGAAUCGUGCCUGGGUUGACAGCCUCAAUCGUGGUAUGGCCGGCGAAGGCAUGCGUGGCUACGGUCCGUUGAUAAAAGAAUACGUUUACUACCUGCUCGCCAAGCUCGCCUUCCACCAACAGCACCCCGAGUUCAAUGGCACGUUUGAGUACGAGGAAUACAUCAGCCUCAAAGCUAUCAAUGAUCCAAAUGAAGGUUACGAGACUAUCACCGACCUGAUGACUCUACAGGACAAGAUUGACCAGUUCCAAAAACUCAUCUUCUCCCACUUCCGCAAUGUCGGGAAUAAUGAAUGCAGAAUAUCUGCUCUGGUUCCACUUGUCACCGAGAGCUAUGGCAUUUAUAAGUUUAUUACCAGCAUGUUGCGAGCGAUGCACUCAACGACGGGUGAUAACGAUGCCCUCGAGCCGCUGCGACAGCGAUACGAUGCUCAGCACUAUCGUCUUGUGAAAUUUUACUACGAAUGCUCCAAUCUGCGAUAUCUUACGAGCCUCAUCACGAUCCCCAAAUUGCCACAGGAUGCACCGAACUUACUGGCUGAUGAGGACGCGGCACCGGCCCUGCCGGCCAGGCCGAAGCAGGAAAUAGAACGCCAGCCGACUCCUCCGCGGGAACCGAAGACAGACGAACCUGACGAGAUCUCCGAGUUCUGGAAGGGCGAGCUGGAGCGGCAAAAUCGAGAGUACGAGGAACAGCAACGCGUGCUGGAAGCGCAGCAGCAGCAGCAACUGUACUCUCAGCAGCAGGCCCAGCAGCAGGCCCAGCGUGACUUCGAGGAGCAACAGCGGCGGCUGAUGGAAGAGCAACAGCGGGCUCAAGAAGCCCUGGUGGCCCAGCAGGCCCAGUGGCAGACUCAGGGAAGGCUCGCCGAGCUCGAACAAGAGAACCUGAAUGCCCGUGCCCAGUAUGAGCGCGAUCAGUUGAUGUUGCAGCAGUACGACCAACGAGUGAAGGCUCUUGAAGGCGAGCUACAGCAUCUCCAGAAUAACUACGGCCAGCAGAUCUCCAGCAAGGACGACCAAAUUCGGGCUCUCCAGGAGCAGGUCAAUACGUGGAGAACCAAGUACGAGGCACUCGCCAAGCUGUACUCACAACUCCGCCACGAGCACCUGGAUCUCCUCCAGAAGUUCAAGAACGUCCAGCUGAAGGCCGCCUCCGCGCAGGAGGCAAUAGACAGGCGAGAGAAGCUGGAGCGUGAGAUUAAGACCAAGAACCUCGAGCUCGCAGACAUGAUCCGAGAAAGGGACAGGGCACUGCACGAUAAGGAUCGUCUGACUGGCAGCAACAAAGACGAGGUUGAGAAGCUCAAGCGCGAGCUGCGGAUGGCUCUUGAUCGCGCGGACAACCUGGAACGGAGCAAGGGCAACGAACUCUCCACGAUGCUGUCCAAGUACAACCGUGAGAUGGCUGAUCUGGAGGAGGCGCUGCGUACCAAGUCUCGAGCUCUGGAUGAUGCCCAAUCCAGGCUAAGGGACGGUAGUUCGGAUCUCGAACAGCUGCUCCGCGACAAGGAAGAAGAACUCGAGGUCUACAAGGCCGGCAUGGACCAGACACUGAUCGAGCUCAACGAGCUGAAGCUGAACCAGGGCGAUACUGACCACGCUCUGGAUGGGCAGAUUGAUACCCUGAUCCUCGCCAACCUGGAGAAGAUCAACGACAUCAUCGACUCGGUUCUGCAGUCGGGCGUCAAGCGAGUUGACGAUGCGAUAUACGAGCUUGAUUCUACCAUGCAAGCUGGAAACCAGAAUGCCUCGCCGUCGUACGUGCUGUCACACAUCGAGAAGGCAUCUUCCAGCGCAAUGGAGUUCGCCACGUCGUUCAACAACUUCAUCGCAGAUGGGCCGAACAGCACGCAUGCCGAGCUGAUCAAGAACAUCAAUGUCUUUGCCGGGUCCAUCGCCGACGUCUGCAGUAACACGAAGGGGCUCGUUCGGCUGGCUACCGACGAGAAGAAGAGCGACGCCCUGAUCUCGGGUGCCCGCCAAUCGGCUCAGUCAACGGUCAAGUUCUUCCGAGGGCUCCAAAGCUUCCGCUUGGAGGGCAUGGACCCGAUCCAGAAGACCGACGUCGUCAUCAACAGCAACAAUGAUGCGCAGAUGAAUCUCCAGAAGUUGAAUAAGCUUGUGGAGGCGUUCGCACCCGGCUUUGGUAAGUUGGGCAAGAAGGGAGACCUGGGAGAGAUCGUCGACCAGGAGUUGAGCAAGGCCGCCGACGCAAUCGCGGCGGCCGCGGCUCGUCUCGCGAAGCUCAGGAACAAACCCCGUGACGGCUACUCGACCUACGAGCUUAAGGUUCACGACUCGAUCCUCGAUGCGGCUCUGGCCAUCACCACGGCCAUCGCGCAGCUCCUCAAGGCAGCCACAAUCACGCAGCAGGAGAUCGUCCAGGCCGGUCGCGGGUCGUCGUCGCGCACAGCUUUCUAUAAGAAGAACAACAGAUGGACAGAGGGACUCAUCUCGGCGGCCAAGGCGGUGGCCUCGUCCACCAACACGCUCAUCGAGACGGCCGACGGGGUGCUGUCGAACCGCAACAGCCCGGAGCAGCUGAUCGUGGCGUCCAACGACGUGGCGGCCUCGACGGCACAGCUCGUCGCCGCCAGCCGCGUCAAGGCCGGCUUCAUGAGCAAGAGCCAGGAGAACCUAGAGCAGGCGAGCAAGGCCGUCGGCGCGGCGUGCCGGUCCCUCGUCCGCCAGGUCCAGAGCAUGAUCAAGGACCGCAACGCCGAGGACGAGCAGGUCGACUACUCCAAGCUCGGGGCGCACGAGUUCAAGGUGCGCGAGAUGGAACAGCAGGUCGAGAUCUUGCAGCUGGAGAACUCCCUCAGUGCGGCGCGUCAUCGCCUGGGCGAGAUGCGCAAGAUUUCUUACCAGGAGGAGUAGAGAGUGUGCAGAUAGUAUCAGAGGGGGGCAGUUUUUAUAACUGGGGGUUGAGAGAAAUAACGGAAUCCCACCUUUGUUCCCCCCGACCCCAAUGGGGCGGGCGUGCCUCGAGACAGCCGCGGCUUGAGGGGGUGCGCUUUACACCUUUUUUUUACCUUGCUUUCGAGACCAUCUUUGUACCUACCUUUCGCAUGUCGACAGCACAAUUCCAUCCCCGUAAUUAUUCCUCCAUCCGUCUCUUCACGUGUGUUUUUCGAGUGGCAUAUUUUGGCGUUUGUUUCUUGUGCCCGUGUCGCGGCGGUGCCAAGAUUGACGGCGGCCCAGCGAGCCCCCUAGCGGGAGCGGUGACGUGGGACGCUAGACGCCGCGACAGUCUGCGAGGGG